AUGGCUGAUAAAAUUGCUGUCGUAACUGGCUCUAAUAAAGGUGUCGGCUUCGGUAUUGUUAAAGAAUUGUGUAAAAGGGGAGUUGGUGUCGUUUACUUGACUUCAAGAGACAUCAACCGCGGUAAAGAAGCUAUAGAAAUUUUAGAAAAAGAAAACCUCCAUCCCAAAUUCCAUCAACUUGAUGUAAGUAAUGAAGAAAGUGUUAAAGCUUUUGCCCAAUACAUCAAGGAGAAACACAAUGGCCUAGAUAUUCUGAUUAAUAACGCUGGCCUAACUGCAUCUGACCUUCGUAAAACAACAUAUGAAGAUGCAAAAAGAGUUAUAGAUACGAAUUACUAUGGAGUAUUAUUAAUGCAAAAGUAUUUCUUUCCAAUUAUUAAUGAAAAUGGACGAGUUAUAAAUGUGUCUAGCGUCUGGGGCCACAUAACGAAUAUAAAAAAUUCAUAUUGGGUUCAACAACUUACUAAAGAAAACGCAAGCGUUGAUGAUGUUAAUGCAUUUGUGACAUGGUUCCUGGAUUCUGUAAAAAACGGGACAGUCAAAGAAGAAGAUUUCAUUUCUUAUACCGUUCCUGCGUACAGAGUAUCAAAGGUAGCACUGUGUGCUCUUACAAGAAUACAACAAAAAGAGAUUGGCAAAAACAUUUCAGUUAAUUCCGUUCACCCUGGAUUUGUGCGUACGAAAAUGACUAACGGAGCUGGGGAUAUGUCAAUAGAAGAUGCUAGUAUUAUACCUGUGAACCUAGCUCUUGAUGUUAAUCAGUCUGUGAAGGGUAAGUUUAUAUGGUUUGAUGGAACUGAAGUCGAUUGGGCAGAUACUAAUCUCGACAUAAUUUACCCGUUUGAACUCUUCGAAAAGCAUUAUGAAGAUGCAGCUAGAAAUAAUAAUUUGCAGGAGCGUUAA